UGGAAUAACAACACCAGCUUGUGGUUUAGCGGUUUAUCCAAUUUUUUUCCUCAUUCAUUAGUGUCAUACCCAGUGCGUCGGUAACCAGACGUUCGAACUGAGACUAAAACUUUAUAAUAUUAAAUCCUGUCUCGAAUACUCGCUGGUGGCGAUUCUCGCUCACAUCAAAUAUACUAGUUCUGUGAACAGCGGCCGAGUGAAAGUGACGUGCAGGCCGACGGACACGUGCACGUAGACAUGCCAUGGCAGCGCGGCGCGUCGCGUGGUGCGCGCUGCUGCUGUGCGGCGCGGCGAGCGGCGCGGCGAGCGGCGCGGGGCCGGCGUGCGCGCGCGCGCAGCCCUGCGUGGAGCUGGGCGGCUCGCUCGACGACUACUUCUACACGAUCAGAGGAACCUCGCUGACGAUCACGUACAGCGAGGGGCGAUACUUGCAGCUCACGUGCCGCGCCGGCGUCGCGCUCGACGACCGCGCGCUGCCCGCCUUGCCGCGCCGCGCGCCCGUCGCGCGCGUGCGCCUCGUCGCCUGCGCGCCGCCGCCGCGCGGCUACGCGCACGCGCUCGCCGCGCUCAACGUCAGCCUCGGCGCCGCGCUGGAGCUGGCCGCGCUGCCCGCCGCGCCGCCGCUGCGUGCCGCGGACCUCGCCGCGCCGCGCGUCGCCGAGCUCGCGCUGGAGCAGCCGCGCGCCUCCGCGCUGCUGCGCCUCGACCCUGCGCUGCUCGCUGCGCUGCCCGCCGCGCUGCCCGCGCUGCGCGACCUGCACCUCAAGCGCGUCGAGCUGCCCGCCGGUGCUCCGCUCGGCCCGCCCGCGCUGCGCUCGCUGUGGCUCGAGCGCGUCGCGGGUGCGGCGCUGGACGCCGACGCGCUGGCGCGGCUGCCCGCGCUCGACAGGCUCGUCGUGGUGGACGACGCGCUGCGGGAGCUCGACCUAAGCGCGACGACGCUGCGCAACGUGACCGUGGACGCGCCGCUACGCGUGCUGACGCUGGGUGCGCACGUUGUUGACCUCACGCUGCGGCGCGUGCAGGGCGCGGAGCUGCGCGGUGACUGCGUGGCGCUGCGGCGCGUGGUGCUGUUUAACGUGACGUGGCCACUGCCGGCGCGCUGGCUGGCGCGCUGCGGUGGCGUGCGUGAGCUGCGCGCGCUGGCGUCGCGCGGCGCGCUGGGCCGCGCUGAGCUGGCGGGCGCGCGCGCGCUGCGUGUGCUGGACGUGCGACGGUGCGCGCUGUGCGAGCUGCCGCCGGGCUGGCUGGCCGACGCCGUGGAGCUGCGCGCGCUCAACCUCUCCGACAACCUGCUGGAGCGCCUGCCGAACCUGGCGGCGUCGCCCGCGCUGGAGGAGCUGUGGGUGCAGCACAACCGGCUGAGCGUGGCCGCGCUGGCGCCGCUGGGCGCGCUGCCCGCGCUGCAUACGCUCCGACUCGACCGCAACCCGCUGCGAGACCUGUGCGGCCGCGGCGGCACCUUCGUGACCACCGGCAUGUCGCCGCUGGCGGGCGCCACGGCGCUGCGCGUGCUGAGCCUGCGGCAGACGGGCGUGGUGGCGCUGUGCCGCGACUGGCGCGAGCAGCUGCGGCAGCUGGUCACGCUGGACCUGCGCAACAACAACAUCACGCGCCUCACGAGCGCCGAUCUGCGCUGGCGCCGCGCCGCGCCCGCCAGCGUGGACCUGCGCGCCAACGACGUGCGCGUCGACUACACGCAGGACGACUACCGCGCCGCGCUGCAGCUGCGCCCGGACCCGCGCGACCCGCUGACGACGCUGCUGCUGGACAACCUGGUGGAGUGCGACUGCUACGACUACUGGUUCGCGCGCGCGUGGCGCGAGCGGCCCGAGCACGCGCGCGUCGCGCUGCGCGAGCUGCGCUGCCGUGCCGACGCCGACGCCGCCGCGAGCGCCGUGCCGCGCCGCCUGCUCGACGUGCCGCUCGACGAGCUGCUGUGCGACAUGACGGAGGCGCAGGGCUGCCCGCGCGCCUGCCGCUGCCGCGCGUCCGACGGCGGCGCCGAGCUGCGCUGCGAGCGCGCCGGCCUGCGCGCCGCGCCCGCGCCGCGCGCCGGCCCGCCCGUGCGCGCGCUGCUGCUGGCCGGCAACAACGUAACGCGCGUGCGCGCCGCCGACGUGGGGCCCGCGCUGCGCCUGCUCGACCUGCGCGACAACGCCGUGGCGGCGCUGGACGCGGGCGCGGUGGCGGCGCUGUGGGACGCGCGCGCCGCGCUGCAGCUGGCCGGCAACCCGCUCGACUGCUCGUGCGCCGCGCUGCCGCUGCUGCGCGCCGUGGCGGCCGAGCCGCGCCGCGUGCGCGACCUGGCGGCGGCGCGCUGCGCGGACGGGCGCGCGCUGGCGGCUGCGGCGGCGCGCGCGGUGCGCGACUGCGCCGCGUGGCCGCUGUGGCCGGCGCUGCUGGGCGCGCUGGCGCUGGCCGCGGCCUCGGCGCUGGUCGCCGCGUGCCUCGUGCGCCCCGCCGCGCGCCACCGCCUCAAGCGGUUCCUGUUCGAGCGCGGGCUGUGCCUGCGCUGGGUGCUGCGCGGCGCGCGGGCCGACGACGACGCCUCGCGCCAGUUCGACGCCUUCGUGUCGUUCUCGCACCUCGACCAGCGCUACGCCGACGAGCUGGCGCGCCGCCUGGAGCGCGGCGAGCGCCCGCGCCGCCUGUGCCUGCACGAGCGCGACUGGCUGCCGGGCGACUGGAUCCCGGCGCAGAUCGCGCGCUCCGUGCGCGGCGCGCGCCGCACGCUCGUGCUGCUGUCCGACCACUUCCUGGCGUCCACGUGGGCGCGCGCCGAGCUGCGCGAGGCCUAUGCCGCCGCGCUGGCCGAGCGCACGCCGCGCCUGCUGCUGCUGCUGCUGCCCGGCUGCAGCGCCGACGCGGCCGCGCGCGCCGACCCCGCGCUGCGCGCCUACCUCGCGCGCGUCACCUACCUGCGCUGGGACGACCCGCACUUCUGGCGCAAGCUGGAGCUGGCGCUGCCGCCCGCGCGCCGCGCCGCGCCGCCAGCACGCCCGCCCCCGCCGCCGCCCCCGCCCCCGCCGCCAUGACGCAUACCUCAUAUCUCGCGCGCGUACCUAUUGGAGCUGGGCCAUGACCGCAGCCUCAGUCCCGUGCUAUGACAUUGCCAGUGAAGUUCUAAAGUGCAAUAAACAUUGACUACCGAGUUCAAUGGUUACUUGUUAAAUAACUGCCAAUUUAUUUCAAUAAGAACUGAAAAACCAUUUGCGCCUCGAGAGAUGCUCCACGUAGGUUUUGUUUGUCGGAUGGCGGUUCAGGACAUCUCGUGAAUCGUUAGAAGGUAAACGUUGUUGGAACUGUUCCGGGAAGUUGGAUUUGUGUGGAGAACUAAAUAAAUUAUGUAAAUAGCGUAGGUUAAUUACUGCAACCACAUUGUGUAAAAGUGAUAAAAUUUACGUCAUCAAAACUUAUCACGUAACUUGUAAAUCGAGAAAAUAUAGUGAUUUUGUUGUCAGCAAUGCUUGUUCUGAAUCUGAAUCUCGUUGUGAGCUGUAAUAUUACAAUGUUUAAGAAAAAUUAUUUUUCAAUUA